AGAGGAAGCUGGUUUACAUACGAGUCAUACCAAGCAUAGCCAGCAUGUCAGUGCAGUCAGCUUGCAGCGGGCUGUGAGGGAGAGUGCCUUUGUCCUAAGAAAUGUGCUUUGUGUUUUUCUUUUUUACUGCUUUCUUUUUAAACCCCCAAGACAGGCUUGAGAAGACUUCUGAAAUGAUUUUUUAAAGCCGAAUAGAAGACAGGAUCCGACACCUCCCACAAGCCCUUGACGGGUUUUGUUUGAGUCUGAUUUUUUUGUGUGUAUGAUUUUUUUUUUAAGCCUUUUACAUACUUUGUUUUGAUCUUGUGAGGCUGGGCCUCUGUCUUCCUGAAGUGUUAGGAGAGCCUGGCGCUACUCAGCUAAAGACUGAAUUUUGAAACUUUCUGGGGGUAAAAGCAAAGAACUGUUUUUCUUUGCUAGCCGGACAGAUAAAUGCUGUUUAUGAAGAUGGACCUGUUGAACUACCAGUACUUGGACAAGAUGAACAACAAUAUCGGCGUUCUGUGCUAUGAAGGUGAAGCUUCCCUCAGGGGAGAACCCAGAAUGCAGACCCUCCCGGUGGCCUCAGCUCUUAGCAGCCACCGCACAGGUCCGCCUCCCAUCAGCCCCAGCAAGAGGAAGUUCAGCCUGGAACACGGGGACAAGGACUUGGACUGUGAAAAUGACCACGUCUCCAAGAUGAGCCGAAUCUUCAGCCCCCAUUUGAAUAAGACUGUCAACGGAGACUGCCGCAGAGAUCCCCGGGAACGGAGCCGCAGUCCCAUCGAACGGGCUGCAGCCCCCGCUGUAAGCUUGCAUGGUGGCCACCUGUAUGCAUCCCUCCCCAGCCUCAUGGAGCAGCCUCUUGCCCUGACUAAGAACAGCAGUGACACAGGAAGGUCAGCUGUGGAGCGGCAGCAGAACCGGCCCUCCGUCAUCACCUGUGCAUCUGCCGGCGCCCGCAACUGCAACCUCUCUCACUGUCCCAUCGCACACAGUGGCUGUUCUGCGCCUGGGUCUGCCAGCUACCGGAGACCACCCAGUGCGACUGCCACCUGUGACCCUGUGGUGGAAGAGCACUUCCGUCGGAGCCUGGGCAAGAACUACAAGGAACCAGAGCCAGCACCUAACUCCGUGUCCAUCACUGGCUCUGUGGACGACCACUUUGCCAAAGCACUAGGUGACACAUGGCUUCAGAUCAAAGCGGCCAAGGACAGCGCAUCCAGCAGCCCGGAGUCAGCCUCACGCAGGGGCCAGCCAGCCAGCCCCACUGCCCACAUGGUCAGCCACAGUCACUCUCCCUCUGUGGUCUCCUGAAGGGGGAGCCACCCUUCCACCACACAGGAAUCUGCAUGGUUUGCCUGAGCUUUGAACAGUCAGUGCUUAAAAAAAAAAAAAGCAAAAAAAAAAAAAAACAAAACAAAAAAAAAAAAAGAAAGAAAAAAAUCCGGGGGGGGGCGGUGGGGGGUGGUUUAUUCGCAAAACCAUGUUGUCUGGACUUUUGUUCUGCUCUGUUUUAUACUUGCUUGGUGUUCAUACAAGGGGCCUCCAUGUGGCAGCAGAACAACACGGAGCAUUAUGUCCAGCAGAGCAUCCUUGCUUCCUGCCCUGGCUACCAAAGAAACUUCUGCAGGUCUGCCGCCUGGCAGCCGGGACCCUGCGGCCCUUUCUCAGUCACAAGCCAUGAUGACAUGGGGAUCCGGACGCUUUGUGCUCUUAGCUUUUGAGGCUGGGCCUGCACGGCUUGGCUUCCACCUGGGGGCUGGCUCCGUCUGCAUUUGCAUGUGUCUGCCUGAAGAGAACUGUCCUGAUUUGCACUAGGGAGGGCAGGGCUGCCUGCUGGGCAGCUCAUAGAUGCCAGUACUGAGGGCAAACUGCUAGGGAACACUUCUGACCAUGUGUGCUUGCAUUUGUUGCUGAACUUGGAAGGUCUCUAGCAGGUUCUAGGUCUUUCUCUAGGCUUGAGGUGCUCACAGCUGGACUGCAGACUCCCCCGACCAUGGGCAUUUACCUUCUCUGAACACUGCAGUUUGAGGCUGGUGCCGAGGCUGGAGGACUCUGUAGUGCUUCUGACAUGGUGCAUGUCUCAAAGAAAAAAAAAAUAGCUGGUUUCUAUUGACUAAGCCCAGACUGUAGCACUGACUGGCUUCUUGUCGGCAUUAGCCUGUUUCGUCAGUCUCAGCCCUGGAUACAUUCACUGCUGGCACAGCUGUGCUUCUGAGAUGAGUCAACGCUCGCUCUGCUCCCAAGAGGAGCGCACAGCCAGUGGGUGUGGCAGGCUGGGGAAGCCCGUUGCUGCUCAUUUUCUGCAUCCUGGGCUGGGGACUUGGAGUUCAUGUCUUUAGGCUCCUUGAUACACAGACUGCUCCUUUCCAACUCCUAGCCAAACAUCAGGUGCCUGACAGCCUGCAGCACGGGGCUGCGUGCUUGUCCUCCUAUGCUGGGGCCAAGGCUGUACACAUUCCUCUGACUAUACAGUUAUUCCUGCACCACUAUUCCUGCACUAUUAAUAGCUACUAACUAGACAUUAGAAGCCAGCAGGACAGACACGGCUGGGGAUGCCUAACAGCUGCUGCUCCUCCCAGCCUUGAGCAUUUCUGUCCCCUGGCCUGGCCCACCUAAGGGCGUCACUUGGCCAGGAGCUCCUCCCUCACAAGGCAUUAUGGACUCCUGCUUGUGGGAGCCCAUGGAGCUGACUUUCAGUAGGAGGAAACAGGUUAGCUGUUGAACUUGGGAAAUAGGCACAGGUGGAAAGGUGGGGACUGAUUCCCGUAGUCGCAGGGUGGCUACUAGCCUUUACAAACAUGGACAGCCCUCCUCCUGCCCCGCACAAGGUUCACUCCACUCUCCUGGGCUUCCAAGCUUGGCAUUCAGGCCCUUAUAUUUUCUGUAGGAAAAAAAA